GGCGGCCCCGCCCCGCGCCGACUCGUGCAGCACGUUGUCCGGCUAACGCGCCCCGCGCCCGCUCCGCCCGUAGCGCCCCGGCCAGCGGCGGCUCCGCCGCUCCCAUCGCCCAGCACGGCAGUGCAUUCUUUCUUCCAUAUGUCAAAUAUGAUGAAACACUGCUGCUGCUGCUGCCACAACUGUGAACGAGCCAUGAACGAACCAUGUGGCAUUGGUGUCUUUUUAUGGGAGAGUCAUUUCUUGUGUGGUUGGUGAAAAUAAGCCUACACUGCAGGAAUGCAAGAGGAGCAACAGCCUGAGGCUGCUGCAGAUCCAAUGUCGUCCUCUGACGCACCAGAAGAUGGCCCAAAGGAAACCUCAAGUGUAUCGCAGAAUUUCUCUGAUGCUGAUGCAUUUAAAAUUCUUCUGGAGAUGAAACUGAAGAAGAGGCAGAAAAGGCCUGCUUUACCAAGCACUGUGACUGAGCUUGACACUGAGGAUGGUUCUAAAGUCUAUGUGGUUGGAACAGCCCACUUCAGUGACAGCAGCAAAAAGGAUGUAGUAAAGACAAUACAAGAAGUGCAGCCUGAUGUAGUUGUGGUGGAAUUAUGCCAGUACAGAGUUUCUAUGUUAAAGAUGGAUGAAAAGACAUUACUAAAAGAAGCCAAAGAAAUAAAUYUGGAAAAACUUCAACAAGCUAUAAAGCAGAAUGGAGUCAUGUCUGGAUUGAUGCAAAUGCUGCUUCUGAAGGUUUCUGCUCACAUCACAGAACARCUGGGAAUGGCUCCAGGAGGAGAAUUCAGGGAGGCUUUCAAAGAGGCCAGUAAAGUACCUUUCUGUAAAUUCCACCUUGGUGACCGACCCAUCCCUGUUACAUUUAAGAGAGCAAUUGCUGCACUUUCCUUCUGGCAAAAAGUCAAGCUUGCUUGGGGCCUUUGCUUCUUAUCUGACCCCAUCAGUAAAGAUGAUGUGGAGAAAUGCAAACAGAAGGAUUUACUGGAACAGAUGAUGGCAGAAAUGAUUGGAGAAUUCCCUGAUCUUCAUCGAACUAUUGUCUCUGAACGAGACAUUUACUUGACCUACAUGCUGAAGCAAGCGGCAAAACAGAUAGAACUACCUCGAGCUUCAGAAAAUGAACCUAGAAAAUAUAUCCCAGCUGUUGUAGUUGGUGUUGUUGGCAUGGGUCAUGUACCUGGAAUUGAGAAGAACUGGAAUUCUGACUUAAAGAUCCAGGAAAUAAUGAGUGUGCCUCCUCCAUCAACGUCAAGUAAGAUUUUCAAAUUUGUCUUAAAAGCAACAGUUUUUGGACUGCUGGGAUAUGGCUGCUACCGAAUAGGUCACAGGACAGUUCAGUUUGUUCUCUCAAUGCCAGCAACACAGAGCUAUAUUCAGAGGCUGACAGAGGUGCCUCAGCAUUGAACAUCAAGUGGAGGCUCUGUGUGAAGAAGGUGGCUGAAAAAAGGAUGGUGGAGGCAACCUGUGAACUGGCCUGAAAGAAGAUGAGGAUUCGAGUCAGAGUUGGUUGAUGCUGAGCAACACUCAAUCACUAUAUAAUAAAAGAUUUGAUACUGAAGUUACACCAGCUAUGAUCUAAUUAAGUUUUGAUUCUUGGUGGGUGUGUUGCAUGAAAACAGAUGAUUCCAGAUUGAGGUAAAAGAAAUGUGUAUGCAAAUAUAUAUAUAUAUUAUAUAUGCAUACUAUAUAUAUGUAUACUGUAUAUAUGCAUUAUAUAAUAUAUAUAUCUAUUGCUGAUAAUCUAGUACAGGCAGUUUAAAGAGUGUGUGGCUCCUUUUCCAGAGGAAAAAACAACACAAAGUUACCUAAUCAGCUGCAUCUCCUCUGAAGUUCAGGGACACCUGUCUUGAGAGAUUCUUACUUUUUUCUUAGGUAUAAUAAUACCAAGUGGUUGAUUCUGGUGCCAGACACUUUUUCAUAUAAUUUAAAAGGACAUCUUCUCUAUGUGUAUUUUAUACCUGAAACRUUUAGGCUUUUUUUAAACUUAAGAGCUUUCCAGAAAUUUCAGAAUUGUACAGGCUGUCACACGUACAUGGCUCAAAUUUUUACAAGCCUUACUGAAGAACAGGAAUGUUGCCUUUAGGUUGCAUCCCUUGUUACCAUCACCAGUUGAAUUGUCUUUCUCCUGCAUAGAGAAGGUAUAGCCACCCCAUCAGAAUGCAAUGUGGUUUGUGUCAGAUGUUUACAGGACACUCUGUUCCUUUAGAUUAGCUUAUUUAAACUGUAUUAUUUAGCCAAAUCCUGCUGGUUUCAGUAUUGUAAAUUUAAGAAACUAGAACUACUGUAUAAUUUACUUUUAUUUCUCAGACCUUUCAUAUUUGGCAUAAAAAGCCUGGAAUUAACCUGCCCCUUGUUUUUGCUAUGAAAAUAUUUUAUUUAUCAAUGUAAUUUCUUGGUGGAUGAAUAUUUUAAUCUAUUUAAUAGAAAAGCAGUGUUCAAUUUAGUUUUUCAGAUUAGCUGUAGCAUUUUAUUUCGAUUACCUGCUAUUUAUACAUAGAAUUAUGGGUACUAAGACUGCUGUUAUUUUGUUUCUUAAUUAUCCAGAACAGUCAUCCAUCAUAAAAUUUUUCUUUUAAUUCUAGGUUUAUAUUUCAUUGGCAUUUUUAUUACCUUCCCUCCUUCCCUUUAUACAGGAUUGUCAGUGACUGUAAAGUGCCCUUGGCAAUCAGCUAGUCCUAGUUCAGCAACACAGAUAACAUUGUCAUAUCAAAGUUAACCUGAUGUAUUUGAGUGGAAGAGUCCCAUUUGCUCCACAGGCUCAUAUACAGUUGCUCAUCACUUAAAGUGAGUUUUUUAUCUGUAUUAAUUUCUUUUGGGAACGAAAGAUGGGAACCAGUGUGUGAGGCAGGAGGAGGAAAAGGUGAUGUUGUGCUUUGCGUUUCUUUGUGUUUUUUCAGUUGGCUCAAUAAAAUCCAAAAACCACUUUGAAUGGGGUAUAUUUCCAAAGCCCUGUGUUGGAAAUGGUCCUGUACAGUCUUUUGUUUGCUGAAAAGUAUGCACAUUUAUCUUCUGUACAGUGUUGUCUUGUUCAAGCUUUUAAAAUUAAGUUAAGGGUCUGAUGCUCCUCCCUGUGAUGCAUUGACUUUGCUGGGAGCUGGUCUGUCCRUGCAAUCUGAUGCUUUUCUGCUUUGCACUUUGAAAGUUUUAUGAGUUCCAGUGCAGCAAAUUAUUAAAGUGCAUGUUUAUCUUUAAACUUACUGAAUCUAACCCGAUCCUGCAGAGCUCUUAAGAUAAUGCGAGGUGGUUUUCUGGGUCUGGGCCUUACAGGUGUCCAGGGAAUAAACUGUAGCAAAUGAAAAUGACAGCAAUUCAUGCUUCUAGGACACGCAGUGCAAGUGAUAAUACAGAGGACAGUGGGGCAGGUCCUUUUAUUUUCUAUUCAUCAGUGCUUAAGAAACCACCAGCUGUCUCUAGCAAGAGGAAAAGCAGCAUUUGUAAACAAUUUGUAGAAGAGUGACUGCCUGAAUUUUGAUUCCUGUUUUUUAAAAACAUUUAAUGUAUUGUUUACAAUUAAGCAGUCCUAUUUGAAUAAUUCUGUUACAUUUUAUGUACAUUUUUAGAAGAUGAAGGCAAAAGCUUAAGCUCACUCUUCUGGCUUUACUGACAUACCAAAAUGUUGUUCUGUUUGCUGUUUUCUCGAGAAUAUUUARCUGGUAGAAUUAAAUAUACAGAUAUUUUGCUUUAAGUUAUCUUCAGAUUUUUAAAGUAUCUGCAGAUAUUUUAAAAGCUCUGUAGAUCUUUGAUAUCUGUGCUCAGGUAGUUUUACACAAAGUAAAACAAAUCUAAGGUAAAUUUUAGAUAGGAGCCUUAAUCUUGGGUGGGACUAAUGCUAAAUGAUUGUCAUGGAGCAUUCUUGCAGACUUUAAAGUUUUAUGUUUUUUAGCCAAAAGUGACUACUGUCUAAGGUGUCCAUUCGUUACUCAGUUAUUCUCUCCAGUCAGUACCUUAAGUCUAUUGUUUCAAUCUUUUUUUGUUUUUUCAAAAGCAUAUCAGCAGAUUCUUCAGCAAACCUAUYUGUGGAUGGAGAAUUUGCAAUUUAUCUUCCCUCUGUUGCAAAUUGGCAGAUCAUAUGCAUGCACUGUUUAUUCAGUGGCCCCUGGAAAGUGAUGAAUUUGCUGAACUAAUAAUUCUAUGAAUCCAUACACAAAUUCUUGAUGUUGUAUAUUCAAUGUGUUGUACUGUUUAUGUAACAUAAUCAGCGUUCUAGGUCCAUUCUUUUCUGUUUUAGUCAGUCCUUCCAGUGUUAACACCAUCCUGUAAAAUUUAUAUGUUGAAUUGUCCCAGCCCCGCCUCAACCUUAUGAAGCCAUAUUGUAUUUUUUUGGUGACAUGUACAUCUGUUUUAUGCAUUUGUACAUGUGAUGUAAAUUUGAAGUAUUUUUAACAAUGUGUGCCUUUACUCUAAAGUGAUUUAAAGUAAACAGCAGUAUGUCCUAUUAUAUAAAAAAUAAAAUAUUUUAACCACCAUUUCUGUUGAAGGCAUUUAUUUUCCUAAUUAACCAGUAUUUUUAUUGAGAGCAAACACUGAUUAGUUCAAUCUAGUACAGGAUAAUUCUACCAUCUAACAUUUUCCYGGAGAUCAUUAGUUGAAUUAAACACCUCCUGCUAAGGGGCAUCUGAAUGUAAUGCUGAAGCAGGGAAACUAGUUUCUGUACCUACCACAUGUAAUCGGUUAAGAGAAAAAGGAUGAGUUUGUGUCCUACUGAACACACAGGGAGAGUGAAUACUUAAAUUCAAACUCCAGAGUUGGGUGUGGUGAGUUGAUUUUCUUGUUGCUCUUCUCUUUAAUGCCUCCAGUGCUCAGUCAUGCAAGGAGCUGACAGCCUUAGUCUCAGACCAGCAAAGUGCUCCAACAUUGGUUUAACAUCAGGCACAGUUGUUUGUGCCUAAAGCGCUGUCCUCUGUGUGGGAUUUAAAGACCCUUUAAGUGCAAAAGAUAUUGAAUGAGUGGCAAAGAGUUCAAUCUCUCAAAUUGACACAGGUAAAUCAAUAUAACCAUUACUUUAAAAAAAAAGGUAUUAAUACAAAGACCCUGUAUUCAUACUUGAAGUAACUAUAUGAUAAGCUGUAUUCCAUACAGAUAAUGUACCAUCUGUUUGUACUCUGUGUCAUUCAGUGGUCCAUCUUUUUUGAUUGUGUAAUGAGYGAAUGCAGCUCCUUUUUCCUUGAUCAGGCUAAGUUCCCUCCAGUUGCAAUUGGAGCUGUAUCUGCAAAGAAUUGCUGGGUAAAAAUUCCAUUUAGGUGGAAGAAAAGACUUCAGAUACUGUAGUCUAGUACUGUUCCUGGGAGGGGCAGAGGACGCUGCACAGCAGCUCGACUCGGAGCAGUGCUCCCAGCAGCUGCUUGCUUUGGGAGUGUAUCAUUCACCAGCGUUACAUUGCACACUGCUGGCCCACGUCACAUUUGAGGUGACUUUUUCUAUACCAAAUACUGAACAAAAUUUAAAWUUGACUUUUUUAGAUGUGUUAAAAUGUCUAGGAUUUCCACUGGAAGCUGUAUUUCUAUGUGUAUUGUAAAACGUAAAAAACUGAGAAAUACAUCGUUACCUCAAAGUGCCAGGCAAUGGGAACUACACAUGGAAAAGAAACAGCACAGUAUCACUUGUGUAACUAAGAUACUCAUGUAUGUAUUUCCCUGUUUCUUUUUAAAGCUGAAAUAAAC